CCUGGGACUUUUCACGGGAACAAACUGCAUUUUCUUAUGAAUGGAAGGAGAAAAAAGCGGUGCGACUUAAAUUGGGAGCCCUCCCGGUCUGGACUCAAACGACAAAACCAGGAGGAGGACGGGAGCCCCCGGAAGAGAUGACAAUGACCGCGAUCCCGGAAAGUCUCAACGGUCCCGCCUCAGGAAAAAGCGUCUUCAUGGAGUUCGGGCCGGCCGGCCAGCAAAUGUCGCCGUCGUCCAUGUCCCACGGACACUACCCCGUGCACUGUUUACAUUCUGCGAGCCACGGACAGCACGACGGCUACAGCCCGGGCCCGAACUUCGCCCGAACGCUGGCCUACCCUUACAUCAACUCGGUGGGGAGCCAUUCCAGCAGCCCGUACCUCAGCACGGUCCAAACGUACCAGAACAGCUCGGCCCUGCCUCAGACCCGCUUAGAAGAUCCAGCACCAGUAGCGGGCAAGAACGCCGCGGUGGAGGGAGGAGAGGUUCGCUUCAACGGCAAAGGGAAGAAGAUCCGCAAACCCAGGACCAUCUACUCCAGUUUACAACUGCAAGCGCUCAACAGGAGAUUCCAGCAAACGCAAUAUUUGGCCUUGCCGGAGAGAGCCGAGCUCGCCGCCUCACUGGGGCUCACACAGACACAGGUGAAGAUUUGGUUCCAAAAUAAGAGAUCCAAGUUCAAGAAACUGAUGAAGCAAGGUGGUGGCACUAUUGACACUAACGCCUUGGCGACAGGCCGCGGACUCUCCAGCGGUUCUCCUUGCACGGUGGCGCCCGUCUGGAGCACGCCGACCGCCGGGAAGACGUCAGCGGGCGCGGCCGCCGCCGGCUCCUACAUCCCGGCCUACACGUCGUGGUACCCCGGCACGCAUCACCAGGAGUCUAUGCAACAGUCCGCGCAGCUCAUGUGAACUCACGUCGGCCACCUGCCUGCACGGUGCGGGGGUGGGCGGCGGGGGUGGGGGUCGUGGGCGUUUGCUCCCCCGCGAGUGGCCGCCUCGGACCGGAACCAGAUGAGGAAGAUGAUGCAGAUGAAGCUGAGAAACUUGAAAGAGAAGAUGACCUCCACCUAUGAGCUGAAAAUCUUUCACAACCGGAUCUUUUCGUUACUUUCUGGCUGCUCUUUAUCAUUUCAGGGGGGGGGGAUAUAUUAGAAAUGCUAACGUCAUUGUUUCCCGAGAUGAUGACAUCACUUUUCCUUCUUAAAAGGCCAAUUACGAGUAUUUCUUGAACCAGGUUAUAUCGAUAAUAUCGAUCCACCUGUUAUCAUUCACAGCAUAUUGUAAAAACUCAAAUGGUUGUUUAUGUGUUUAUUAUUUAAGUUAAAUUAUUGGGAUUUGUUUUUCUCUUCUUCUUCUUCUACUGAGGCCAGUCUUGUGUUCAUUUGUGUGUUUAAAUUUUGAGACAACAGCAUUGUGUUGUUAAUGCUGCACUAACGCGAGCAAAAGCUUUUUCUAUGCCCACGUGUUAUGUGAAGAAGAGAGGGAGGACAAAAAAAUAGAAAUUUCCACAGGACAAGCAGCUCAUUUGUUCACUGUAUUUUGUAGAUACAUUUAAAAAGAAAAUCUGUUUUGUGCUUUAACUGGCUGUGAAAGGUUUUAGGCUUGCUGUAUUCGUCCACAUGUGUUUUAGUCCACAUAGAAGAAAAAAAAAGAUUUAGUUUUGUAUUGAGCUCUUUAAUUUAUUGGCUAUAUAUGUACAUACUGUGCACAUUUUCACAAAGCAGUAAAAGGAUUUAACUUAUGCGAAGAACCAUGUGUGUGUGUGUGUGUGUGUGCGCGCGCGUGUGUCUGUGUGUGUGUGUGUGUGUG